GGUCAGAGUGAGGCGGCCGCGAUGGCGGCGGUCAUGGUGGGUGUCGCUUGGGUGCGGACGGUGCUCCCCGGGGCCCGGCCGGAAAGAUUCCUGGCAUCUGUAAAUGUUUUCCCACUGUCAAAUAUCCAUACAAGAUCAUCUCAAGAGCUCAUUGGAAAAUGGGAGAAGAAGAAUAGAAUUGUUUAUCCUCCACAGUUGCCAGGAGAGCCUCGAAGACCAGCAGAAAUAUACCACUGUCGAAGGGAAAUAAAAUACAGUAAGGACAAGAUGUGGUAUUUGGCAACAUUGAUCAAGGGGAUGUCCAUCGAUCAGGCUCUUGCUCAACUAGAAUUCAAUGACAAAAAGGGAGCAAAGGUGAUCAAAGAGGUUCUUUUAGAAGCUCAAGAACUGGCAGUGAGAAAACACAACGUAGAAUUCAAAUCAAAUUUAUACAUAGCCAAGUCCUUGACUGGAAAAGGCCACUAUAUGAAAAAGAUCCGCUACCAUGGGAGAGGCAUGUUUGGCAUCAUGGACAUGGUCAGGUGCCAUUACUUUGUGAAGCUGGUGGAAGGUCCUCCACCCCCUCCAGAGCCACCAAAGACUGGGUUUGAUCAAGCUAAGGAAUAUGUGGAGCAGCUCCGAAACAGAACUAUUAUUAAUACACUGUAAUGCUCUACACCAGACAUUGUUGUAUGUUCUUUACAGUUUGGGCGGGGGGGGAAUGCUUGUGAGUGUAUUCAAAAAAAAAAA